AUGACUUCUUCCAAUGAUGAUGUUAUUAAGGCCAUUCUUCAAUACCAGGAGAGACUGGAAAGAUAUAAAACUAGUAAAAGUGAAGAUAAAAUACAAUAUGUACUAGGAAAGCUAAGCAAGCUUCCUAUUAGAACAUCCCAUUUAGAAACCACUGGGGUAGGAAGGACAGUUAAUGCUUUGAAAAAGUUUGGGGGAGAGGUUGGAGAAAUUGCCAAAGACUUGGUGAUAUCUUGGAAGGAAAUGGUACUGGAAGAAGAGAAAGCUGCUCAAGAAACUUCAAUGGAGACUGAGGAAGAUGCAGACUCAAAUUAUUCAAGUGAAAAUGAGAAUAAAGACUGCGAAAAAGAUGUAUCUAAGGAGGCAGUAAGUAGUACAUCAGAUGGAAAUGAAAGUGAAGGGUAUGAUAGUAAACGAGAAGUUCCUAGUAGGAGUGAUACAGAAAAGAAGUCAAGUAAUGAGAAAUAUAGAAAGAAUGAUAGUAGGGACAGUUCUUCUGAGUCAUCAGAAUCAGAAGAAGAAAAGAAUAGUAAAUAUGAUAAACAUAAUUCUAGUAAAAGAAGACAUUCUUCUGAAUCCAGUUCAGAUAGGCAUAACACUAAAAAAAGUAGCAAAAAUAAGGAAACAAGGAAAAGAAGGGAUUCUUCAGAAUCUGAUUCAGAUGAUAGGCAUAGUUCUAAGAAAAGUAGUAAGGAUACUAAAAAGAGAAGACAUUCCUCAGAAUCUAGUUCAGAUGAUAGACAUAGUUCAAAAAAGAGCAGAAGGGAUGCAUCACCUAAAAGUAGUCAUAAACACAAAUCCUCAAAAGAUGAACACAAAUCCUCUAAAGAUGAAAAAGAAAGGAACAAUAAGAAAGAUAAACACUCAUCAAGUAAACAUAGGGAGAAUUCAGAAAAGCAUAAAAGUAGUUCAGAAAAACACAAAGACAGCUCUGAAAAGUCUGAAUCAAAGCAUAAAUCAAAGAAAGAUUCUGAAGAAGAAAAGAAGCAUAGAUCAAAAAAGGAACAUGAAGAUUCACAUUCAAGUAACAAAUCAGAAAAACAUAAAAAGCCUGAAGAAAGAGAAAAUUCUCAUUUGAAUGCUAAAUAUGAAAAAAGUAAAAAACAUGAAGAAAAGUCUGAUAAACAUUCACAAUCUAGUCAUUCAUCUAAACAUAGGGAUAAAGAUUCACCUCAUUCUAGUUCUGAUAAGAAAAAUAGUAAAGAAAAAGAUAAAAGGGAAAAAGAAAAAGAAAAAUAUGAAUCUAAAAAGGAAAGAAAAGAGGAAAAGAAACCCAAAGAAAUUAUUACAGAACAGAAGAAAUCUGAACAUAGUAAAUCCAAAGAAUCCUCUUCAUCUUCAAAACAUGAUAGCACUGAAAAGAAAAAUAAGACAAAGAAGGACAAAGAAGUUGUUAAAAAAGUCCCCCAACAAAAGAUCAUUCAUGGCAUUGAUUCAGAAUCAGGAGCGAGCUUUGCUGAAGCUCUUGGGAUGUGUGGUCCUUACGUAUCUAGUCCUAAAAAGAAACCUAUUGUAGAAAAAAAGAAGGAGAGCAGUAAUGUAGACAAGACAAAGGUAUACUCUGGAAACAAAACAAUUGGCAAAGUUGAAAGUUUGUUUCAACUAUGUGUUCGAAUUCUCCAAGAUAAUAUCGAUGCUUUAGAAUAUACAGGUGGAGUCCCUUAUAUAAUCCUCAAACCCAUAAUGGAGCGCGCUACGCCAGACCAGUUGUUCAACCUGGAGCACCAUAAUCCAUAUUUGAUAGAAGACACUGAUGGGCUAUGGAAGUUGCACUGUCAAAAGGAUUUCCGCACCAAGAGGCGUGAGGAGAUGGAAUCGUGGCGGGAUAUGUACAUGCGAUGUUUGGACGAAAGAGAAGCGAAACUAAAUGCUGUGACGGCGACUAUUAAACAAUCUCAGGACAAGUCUAUACCAGUCAGGACGACUAAGUUGGCUUAUGUGGAAACUGAAUAUGUCAAGCCUCCUAGGAAUGUGGCUCGAAAGCAGGCUAAAAAUGGCACAGUUAAUACAGAUAGAAAGGUUUUACCUAGCCAAAAAGUUACAGCAUUAGCUAAAUCCGGUGAAGCUGAGAAGAUAGCAGUUCCAGAUCCCGGAAAAAGAGCCUCCGACCGAUCCGGUUCAAGUGGCAGUGUCAGUGCAGCAGCAAUGAAACCCAAGAAAGCUCCACUUAUGGCAAAAACUAUAUCAUAUCUAAAGAACAGGUUCAAACGAUGA